GGCAAGAAAUUUCCCGGUCAGGUCCAGCGAUUCGUGCUGACAAAAAUUUUCUUUAAUACACAAGUUCUAUGGGAUAAUGACCAAUUCGACAAAGCUUUGUUAACGUCGCCGUCGCUUGCCAGGCCCAGACGUCAGCCCGCAAGACGCGGAUUUUGCGCCCUAGAAGCGCAGCAUGGGGCCUCUAUAGAACAGGCAAUAGAGACGGUUAGGCUAGAAGAGGAGCCAUGGGGGACAGGAGCCUGAGGACAAGUUUCAGACCUCGCCCCGUCGACAUCGGCAGACAGCUGAACAUUGUCCGGGAUGUGGCUGAGCUCGACAAUUCAGAGGAAGUUAAUCAAGCGCAAGGAGCGGCACCCUCUGAGCAGGCGCCGCCCACGACGCACCAGAAGAAGAAAAAGGAGGUGAAGGAAAUCCCCGUGCCGGAGGUCGGCUUUAUCCCUGGGUACACACGCGAGUACCUGCCUGUCUUCCGGAUACCGGAGACCUACAUCCGCUCAAAAGGCGGCGUCGGCCUCGCAAAGGAGGAUUAUGUUGAGUAUGACCUGGACAACGAGGAUGAGGACUGGCUGGAGGCGUACAAUGCCGGCGCCGCGAACCGGCUAUCGGAGGAGAAGUUUGAGCAGAUGCUGUGGCGCCUGGAGACGUCCAACGCGGACGCCAACCAGCGCAUCAUGAACGAGCCGGGCUAUGCGCCUGAUUACCGCGUGCUGCCGGCUGCGGUGGCGGCGACGCAUAACAUGAGCCGCGAGGAGGCGCUGUCGGUGCUGCGCAAGUACGCCACAGCGCGGGAGCCCAUCCUGGUGGCUGUGUACGAGUACUGGAAGAACAAGCGGGAGCGCUGGGGCAAGCCCUUCAUGCGGAGGCUGCAGGCGCCAACCAAUCCCAGCGACACAAACCCGUACAACGUGUUCAGGCCACGGGAGCGCGUGAACAGGCCGCAGACGCGCCGGCGCCGUGAGAACACGCAGGACUGCUUGGACAAGCUUCGGCAGAUUCGGGAAAGCAUGCUCAAGUCUUUGGAGCUGACGGAGCUGGUGCUGUUCCGCGAGACGCGCAAGCGGGACAUGCUGCGCCUGGAUCUGGACAUGCAGCGCUACCAAAUCGCGCGGCACCAUCUGCCGCCAGCGCAACACCCCGCCAUUGAGGCGGAGGCGGCGGCGCAGCUGGCAGCCACCACCAGUCGCACGCGGCACGGCGAGGCCAGGCUGCGUGCCUACCUGGACAACUCCGCCUCGCUCAGCGCCUCCACCACCAGCUACGACACACCGCUGCGCCGCGCGCUGGCGCGCAAGCGCCGGCGGCAGGAGAAUGAGGGCCUCGUGAACGGUGAGGGGAUAGCGCGCCUGCCACCGCCGCCGCUGCCCGCGGACGACGAAAUGCUCAUCUUGUUCAGCCCAGACCCGGUUAAGCUGGCGGGCGUGUCAGCGCCUACGCCGCCGCCCGGGCCGGGCACCUUUGGCAUCGCCGCGUUCGCGCCCGACGUGCCGGCCCCCAAGCCGCCCAUGGUGGCGCUGGCGCCGGGGUUGGACCCGCGCUGCGUGCGCGCGCGUGUGGGGCGCUGCGGCCGCACCAUGCUCACGCGCUGCGACCCCCUCACGCUGGAGCCGCACCCGCCGCUGGACCCCGCGGCUACGGCGGCGGGAGCCCUUGCCAACGGUGUGGGCAGCUGCGGCGGGCCGACGCACGUGUUCACGCCGGCGCGACACCCGCUGCUGCUCAGCUCACAGCAGCCCAGCCUGCCCUGGGCGGCAGUGCUUGACCUGGAGCUGCUACCGGAAGGCGUGGUGGACAAGGCGGCGCUCAAGGCGCUGCGGGAGCGCCGACUCAAUGCCGACCGCAACAAUGCGCUGGCGCUGCGCCAGACCUGCGCCGCGCUCACUCAGCAGGCGGCGGGCGGCAUGCUCGGGACCAGCGGCGUCACGGGGGCUGCAGCCGCAGCGGCGGCUCCUCCCGUACCGCUGCCGGCCCUCGCCUCUCUGCCCCAGCCACCGACCUCCGCAGCAGUGGCGGCGGCGUCGCCGCCAGUUGCCGCCACAGGCCCUUCAGGGGCACUGCCACACCGGCCCCCGCCGCCGCCUGGUGCACCCUUGCAAGGCGCGCCAGCAGGGACAUUACCGCACAUGCCCGCGCCCGGCGCGCCUGCGGGCACGUUACCACACGUACCACCUGGCGGCACGGGGGCAGCGCCACCCGCUGCGGUGGUUGCGGCAACGCCGGGGGGAGCCAGCUUGCCAGGCGCAGGACCGUCCGGGUCCCUAGCAGCAACGCCCGUGCCGGCGGUAAGUGGCGGUGCGGGCCAGGCGCGCAAGGUGCCAAAGGCGCCUGGGGCCCCCUCCUCGGUAGCGGGUACACCGGCCGCCGUGGCAGGGGCGACUUCGGCGGCGGCAAACGCCGUGGCUGCUUCCCGGUCGCCGUCUCCAGGCGGCCCGGGUGUUGCGCCGAAGCAAGUGGCUCCAGGAGGAGCGGCACCGGCAGUUCCGGCGGCGGCGCACGCCACGCCAGCGGCGGUGCCGGGCAUGCCCGGGGUCGCGCCCGCGGCGACCCCGGCGCCCACUGUCAGCGGGGUGGCCGUGCCAGGUGCCGAGGCCGCAGCUGCGGAUGCCCCAGGCGGCGCGGUCAGGACACUGCUGACGCAGCAGGCGGCGGCGGGCCCGUCCUCCGCGUCGCAGCUGAAGCGGGGCCCAGCGCGUGUGACGAAGACUGGCAGCAAGGCCGUAAAUGGAGAGGCACCGCCGGCGCCGCCAGUCAACACCACCGUGCCUAUGGACACGCUGUAACCAGCGUCAUGUGCGCUUGGCUGCAUCCUGCAUGUUGGGUUGCACGGCUGCAUGAGGUGGGGCACGGAGUGCCUUCCUGCUAUUUAGAAAAUGAUGGCGCGUUUCGGGUUCCACUAUUUAGUGUGGUCGGGUGGCGGGGUGGCGUGCUCCAUAGCCGGAGUAGGACAGGCGUUUGCCGAGGCGGUCAGACAGCGCGAUGGGUUUGAUGCCGUUGGCUCCACCGUGAGGGGCUGGCUGCGGGUGGCGGCUGUGAUGAGGCGACAGAGUGAAGCUUUGGGUGAGGCCGCAAGCGCGCAAGCAGAAGGGAGGUGUAACGGCAUGAAUGG